AUGAACGCCAAUCAAAUAGCCGUCCAGAAAUGGACCUUGGUAAAUUACCCCGAAGACCAUUUCGUAGCGUCCCGGGACGCGAAAUACGUGUCGGACGAAACGAUCGAAUUGGACAACCUCCAGUUUGACGGUACCAAGGAAAGCACUUCCUCCACGACCUUCCCACCCGACCACGUCGUCGUUCAAGUCGAAGCCUUAUCGGUGGACGCCUUUAUCCGCACUAUGUUGGAUCGUGAAGCCUACCAUGGCAGUGUCAAGCCGGGUGCCAUCUUACCAGCUAUGGGAUACGGUGUAGUCCGUGCCGCAGGCCCGGACGCCAAGUACAAGCCCGGUAGUCGUGUCACGGGAAUACUCGGGGCCACCACGGUCGCCAUUCUCCCCAACGAUCAACUCAACCCCGUCCUCAUCUUCCCCCGCAUUCCGUCGUCACUCAGUCUGGGAUAUCUGGGACUCUCCGGUCUAACGGCGUACGUGGGUCUCUUCGGAGCGCCGCCCAAGGCCCCAGGCCGUGGCGACACAGUCGUCGUGAGCGCGGCGGCCGGGGCGGUCGGACAUAUUGCGGCGCAAAUGGCGCGAUUGGCUGGAGCAACCCGGGUCGUUGGUAUUGCCGGUGGUCCCGACAAAAAAGCCUUUCUGUUGGAAACGCUGGGACUUGAUGGCGCGAUUGACUACAAGGACGAAACGCAGAGUCUGGAAGCGCAGCUGGACACGCAGUGCCCGGACGGUGUAGAUUUCUUCUUCGACAGCGUCGGUGGGGAUACGCUGGAGACUGUGUUAUCACGCAUCAAUCAGAGCGCGCGGGUGGUCAUUUGUGGUGCCAUUUCGCAGUACUCCAGUGGCAACAUCAACAAGAAGAAUCAAGUGCAGGGCCCGUCUACGUACAUAAAGUUGGCGGAAAAGUCGGCUUCUAUGACCGGGUUCAACGUGAUGCACCAUCCCUGGGCCAUGGCUAAGGCUAUUCCGUAUCUGGUAUGGCACUACUAUCGGGGUAACAUUCACGUUCCCGAACACGUUGAAGGCGAUUUGAAAGCCUUUCCUUCGGCGCUGGAAAGUAUGUUUGAAGGUGGCACCCAUUGCGGUCGACUGUUGAUUGACGUCGACGGUAGUCUCGGCAAGGCCCGUGACCGAUCGUAG